AUGGCGCCAGCCAAAAAACGCAACGUGAGUUCGGCAAAAACAACCGAACAAAGUGCAAAAACGGCCAAAAUUGACCUAAAUACCAAAGUCGAAAGUGUACUAGAGAGCAGACAAAAUGCUAACGACGUUUUUGACAUCCUCGAGUUUCUACAGUCAGAGAAGGAGAAGGAAGUUGUCAAUGCUGUUAAUGCUUGUAGCAAAUUGUUCUGCACCUUGUUGGAGAAGAAAGAGCUGUUUUUGGGAAAAUUGCUUGAAGAGGAGGAGGCACUGAGUGGAGAGUAUAGUGCUGAGGAUAAGUACCGCAUGUUCAUGCGCCACCGUUACAACAGCUGUGUGGAGGUGCUGCUUGAACACCUUGACCAUGAACUUCAUGGAGUCAAAGAGAGUGCCCUGUGCUGCCUGAUGAAGUUUGCUGCAGCAGAGGGACAGAAUCCCCUGGAGGACUUGGACUGGACUGAACACUACAGCUUCCCAAGAGAACUCAUCCAGGCGGUGGUGGAAAGACUGUUGUCGAAAACUUCAGACAACUCCCUGCUGAUCUCCAGAUUCCAGGAGUUCCUUGAGAUGGAGGAUGUGCGCUAUUAUGUCAUGAGCUCCAUCCGAGAGAGUGUGGGACAAGUCAUGGACAAAAGCAAAGGGUCAUUGUUGCCAAUAUAUCAGAACAACGUGUUGACCCUCAUGUCCAACAUCAGUGUCCCAAGCCAGGAGUCAGAGCUCACCAACUUUAUGGUCAAACAGGAAGCCAAGCAUGAGGACUGGAAAGCCGCCAAACUGAAUGAACACAAGCGUGUCUUUGAGAGAAUGUGGCUGGGCUUUCUGAAGUAUAAGUUGCCAAGCAACAUGUAUAAAAAGAUCUUGGUGAUCCUCCACGACUCCAUUUUGCCCCACAUGAGUAAACCAACACUGAUGAUCGACUUCUUGACUGCUGCCUAUGAAGUUGGUGGGGCUAUCAGCCUGCUGGCCCUCAAUGGCCUCUUUGUCCUCAUACAUCAACACAACCUAGAUUACCCGGAUUUCUACAAGAAGUUAUAUAAUCUGCUUGAGCCGUCUGUUUUCCAUGUGAAGUACAGAGCUCGCUUUUUUCACCUAGCUAACAUCUUUCUUAGCUCCAGUCACUUGCCAGUGUACCUCGUGGCUGCGUUUGCCAAACGCCUGGCCCGUUUGGCUCUCACAGCACCGCCUACAGCCCUGCUCAUUGUGCUGCCCUUCAUCUACAACCUGAUCCGUCGUCACCCAUCCUGCAGAGUCCUUGUUCACAAGCCAAGCACAGAAGAUGAGCCUUUGGAGGACCCGUAUCUAAUGGAUGAAGAGGAUCCUGCCAAGUGCUGUGCCUUAGAGAGCAGCUUGUGGGAGAUUAAGACACUCCAGAAGCAUUACCAUCCAGAUGUGGCGAAAGCUGCGUUGUCGAUUAACACCCCUUUGCCAGAACAAGAGGAGGACAUCAACGAAGUGCUGGAGAUAACCACAUAUGAGCUGAUGGAGAGAGACCUGAAGUCUCAGAUCAAAAGCAUCCCGCUGGAGUUUGAAAUGGCCACACAGUUACUAAAAGGAGGCGGAGAUGUGUUAGGACAGCACUUCUGUCUGGAAUAAAACAUGUAAAAACGAGGAGCUGCAUUCACAGUGUGGUAAACAUCUCUGGGACCAUUUCAUCUGUUAAGGUGAACGUUUGUAGCUGUGUGGCCUGAAAAGGGAACAGGGACAGACUUUUCCUUGAGACCAGCUACAGCUGCAACAGAAGUGCAUCUGAUUCUGAGUUGUUUUACUCCAUGAACAUCGAUGUCUUUGAUGUGUGACUAUUGUACAACAGUAAAAACCUUUUCCAAA